UUAUUACAUCAUUACUCUGAUGCACCCUUUUAACUAAUAUCAAGCUUAUAAAAGUUACCAUAGACUUGCUUUGAGAGCACAAAAGAAAAGCGAUGGACCAGAGUCAGAGGCAUUUCGUGUUGGUCCAUGGAGCAGGUCAUGGAGCGUGGUGUUGGUACAAGCUAGUGACGCUGCUGAAAUCGGCCGGUCAUAGGGUCACGGCGCUGGACAUGGCUGCUUCUGGGGUCCACCCAAAGCAGGUUGACGAGCUCCGUUCAAUGUCGGACUACUCUCAGCCGCUGAUGGAAUUCAUGGAGUUCCUGCCGCCAGACGAUCGGGUUGUUUUGGUAGGCCACAGUGCUGGUGGUAUCAGCAUGUCGGUAGCUAUGGAGCGGUUUCCGGAGAAAAUUUCAGUUGCUGCGUUUGUCGCUUCUUUUAUGCACGGUCCCGACCUCAAUCUUGUUACUGUCUUUCGCAAGUUCUUUGAAGGAGUGGAAUCUUGGAUGGACACCCAGCAUAGGUACGACAAAGGGCAGGGCAAACCUCCAACUUCCAUCCUCUGGGGCCCCAAGCAUAUGCAAUCCAAGUUUUAUAACCUAUCUCCACCCGAGGAUUUGACUCUUGCGACCAUGUUGGUGAGACCAUAUCCCUUAUAUCAUCACGAUGAGGUGGGACUGGCAAACGACACUGUAUUGACGAAGGAGAACUACGGGUCAGUCCGUCGAGUUUAUGUCGUGGUCGAAGACGACUAUGUGGUAAAGGAAGAAUUCCAGAGAUGGUUGAUUGAAAAUAAUCCCGCGGAUGAGGUGAAGGUCAUCUCCGGUGCGGAUCACAUGGUCAUGUUCUCUAAUCCUCAAGAACUGAGCUCUUGCCUGCUGGGGUUAGCUGAAAAAUAGCCGUAAGCAUGCAUCACGAUCAAGUCAGAUGAAAUUUCUAAUGUCUCUAUAUAUGUGAAACAUUUUUUAAGACGUCAAUAACUUGUUUGAUGAAAUGAUAUACAGACAUCAUAUAUUGGAAAA